AUGAAUGCUCUGUGGAUGACCCCCAUUUUCAAUUCCAACGGAGGAAGUCAAUUAGACUCAACCGGUUACUUCGCUUAUGCAACGUUGACCCAAACUCAUGAGCUUGGUAUCUAUGUCAUCCUUGAUGGUGUUUAUGGGCACCACAAAUCAGGGGAUGUAGCAGCUUCUCCAAGUGGUAAAUACCCAUCCGGUGGAAGUGACCCAGUCAGCUAUCCGGGUUCACUUGACUUUUAUAAAGAGGUUGCCACAUAUUGGAUCAACAACUACAAAAUUGAUGGGUGGAGACUCGACCAAGCUUACCAAGUCUCGACUAGAAACCAAGACAGAAAUUAUUGGUAUGACAUAAGAGAGGCUUUUGAAGCUGCUUGUGAUGCCAGAAAGUCACAAGGAAAGACUUGGGGAACGUUAGGGUAUAUGGUUGGAGAAAUCUGGGAUUCGGUUUCUAAUAUCAACAACUGGGGGUAUUAUGCUUCAGGAGGAUACGGUCUUAGAAGUUGCUUCCAUUUCCCGGGGAGAUACAACUUGGUACAAACGUUGGCUUGUGAGGAAUCUGGAGCUGGAGGAUACGAUGCUUCCAACUUGAAAGGUAUUUUCGAUUGUGGAUACCCCGACUAUGCUUAUCCCAAUUUGUUUGUUACAAAUCAUGACUUACUCAGAUUUGGAAAUUUGAUCAGAAAGAAGUACGGAUACUCUCAGGACAACAGUGACUAUUGGGGCAGACACAAAGCUGCACUUGCUUUCCUCGCUGCAUACACUGGACCAAUCACUGUGUACUAUGGUGAUGAAGUUGGAGACAUCGUCGACUGUUACUAUAACCCUGGGGAUUGUGGUGCUUAUAAUGACAAUGCUGCGAGAAGUGAUGGACACAUCUCAGGCUUCAACUCACAACAACAAGACUUGCACGACUACGUUGCAAAGUUGAUGAAAAUCCGAGCAGAGAAUUCUGCAUUGUUCAAAGGAAGCCGACAAAACCAAAACGCGAGUGGUUCUCUUUUCAAGGUAGACAAGGUUGACGGAGAUAACAAAGUCCAGAUACUUAUUAAUACGAACAAUUACGAGUAUGACACUCAGUGUGGGUCUGGUGUCGACUUGAUCACAGGAAAUAGUUACUCUGGAACUUGCCAUAUGAAAUCAUUUUCUGUCAUCUUCCUUAAGAUGUGA